UUAGCUAACCAGCUGAGUGUAUUCCUUUGUGAAAAUGAGUAACGCGGGCCGCCGCGUACUCAUUUUCACAAAGCAUUUGCAUCCCCUCUUGAAAAGAGGGAACUUCGUAAUAGUUGUCACCAUAUCUUCGCUCAUUAAUCACCGUAGUUUAGCUUACUUAUGCAUGGAGGGAGCACUUAAAAUGUACGAUAAUCAUUUCACUACCCGACAACUUUAUUCAUGCAUUACAUAAAUAGUUUCAUCUUGCUGUACUCUAACAUCACUGGCGCAUGGUAACAACCAACUGGCAGACCAUUUCCAGUCACACAUUCUCUCCAUAACGCAACACCCCUUGUUCCGUGUCUUCUGGUUGUUAAAUUUGUAGUUUUUAUAACAUGUCUUGGCGUUUUUACAUUAUGGGUUCAAGAGUGGCAAAGUCGCUUCAGAAAAAUCAAAAUGAUGGUAACUAACGAAAGUGCCGACAAAAGAAUGUCAACAACUUAUACGUGGAUUGUCUCAUACGCAAGAAUAUAUGGUUCAUAUCUCAUGUUCCUGUAUCGGAAAAGACUGUAAAGAGUGAUCCUGUGCUGUGUCACAUUGAAGAUUGUAUUAAUUAUUGCCGCUCCAAAGUUGGAUUGAUGAAAAUCUGUUGAGAAGUAAACUUCCGGAGCUAACAGGCCUAGGUAUUAAAUUUGAUGAUAAUUUUUGGUGUGACACAAGCCAUUAUGCAAUGUACACUUAUUUUCAAAUUUCUGUUCCCAGAAAAAGUUAUUCUGAAUCUAAUGAUGGUACAAAAUAACUUUGUUUAGUGUUGCAGUGGCUUGGGAAGCCUCAGUAUUGAUUUAGUCCAGAGUCGACCACUGAUGGUGGAUGAAACCAAAUACCCAUGCAGAAGAACAAAAUACAUUUUGAGACAGACUGCAAUCACUGACUUUAUUCCGAUCUACACAGUAUCUCGGGUAUUCACCGUCCGUAUAAAAUACCCAUAUAUUACCUGGAGCUCAAUACUAGGAUCAAUAACACCAAAUAUGCGUAGAACUAACUUUGUCGCAAAAGCACACUCUCUAUGAUUUAAUACGGUAAUAUAAUAUACUUAUAUCAAUUUUACUAUAGUAAAAUUCAUUACAAUUACUCAUAAUACUGUAUAAUUAUAAUCGUAAACAACAAUUUAGAAAUAUAUUAAGUUACUCACAGUAUCGGAAAAAAUCAUCUUAACAAAAACAUAACAAAGCGUCUUACAUUAACAAUACAACGCUCACGCAGCCAAUGCAUUAUAUUCGUCACCUGACAUGCAAAUACACACGAUAAUACCAAUAAAACAAAAGCAGUAGAAAUAGCUAUGAAAAACAAUAGCAUUGCCACAUAUUCUUUCAUUCACAAUCGGCGAUCACUGCUUUCGCGAAUAUUGAGGGAGAAUUCAUCCAGCAUGCGUAUUUAUAUUAUCAGUUCACGUAAAUGAUCUAAAAUAGCGCCCUCUAUAAUUUCUGCUUUACGUGUAUGGGGAAAAAUGCGCCCUGGUCCCCGGGUCCCCACUGGCGCCACCCCCGGAAUGCGUACUUAACUAUCUAUUAGUUAUUAUUAAAUUACUUUCAUUUGCAUAUAUUCUUAUUAUAACAUUGUGCAAUCUUGCAAAUAGGAAAUGCCAAGUGGAGGUAAAUCAGACCUUACGACUUCUAAAACGCCGUCACUCAAAACACCAGGUAAAAAGCUUGAAUGUUUGUAUUGCGAGACAACAUUCGAUUCUGAUAUCGAGGUAGAGUUGCAUGUUGCCAGUGGUGAACAUCAUGAUAAGAUACGCGCAGACAGCGACAGAGAAUGGUUUUACCGCAAGCCGCCGUUGAAUGUAAUAAAUGGAGAGUACAGUAUGUGUGAACGGCCACCGCCAUGUGAACGACCUUACUGCACAGGUGCGCAUAGUGAAAGCGAGCUCAAGGAAUGGAAAGUACGCAAUGAGUAUCGUAUGCGUCAAUCAAUUCAAAAAUUGUAUUCAGAAAUACACAAAAUUGCGUGUGACUACCACUUUGAUCAUUCUAUACUGAAUGACAGCAUUGAUGGUGUAGAAUGCAACGAAAACGGCGAUGUUGACAGACAAAUUGAUGUAACAGAAAGGAACAACGGACAAUUUACUUGCACUUUCGAGUUUAUUUUGAAGUGUACAGGAGAAAAACAUUUAAAAUGCGUUUAUCUGCUUCAAGAUGAGCACAGAGAUAAUUUCUACUUCACCCAGCCCUCGAAAGAAGUAAAGCCCCAAAUCUGCCCAGGAAACAAACUAAUUCUGGAUCUGGAUUCGUACUCCUCAACGCCCCUAAAAGGAGCAAAGCGAGAAAUUGUCGAUGAUUGUAUGAUAUACAGUGUAUCUGUUAAGUUUGUAUCAUCCUGUGCUGGGCAUUUUGAUCAACGGAUAAUAUUCGAACUACGACAUAAGAUGUACAUGAAGAGAGAAAUUUCUGUUCACGUUGGAUUACCAGAAGACGUUGAUAUACCCAUAAAUAGUGGCAGUAUUCAGCACAACAGUUUACCAUGGGAAGAUGUUAUACCAUUUGAGGAAAAACCCGAGUUUCAGCAAAUGUUACUAAAUCAAGCAAAACCGUUCAAGCCAAAAACUACCGAUGAUAAUCUUGUGAAAGGCCAGCUCUCAGAAAAUAACUACACAAUGAUGAUGCACAGGUUCAUAGACAUUGAAGAAAGAGGACGACAGACGAUAAUUCGACAGUAA